GGGUAGUUGACGACUUUCUGCGGCGUGUGUUACAUAGUCCGGCAUAGUUGCUACGGAGGCGACCAUCAGUGUCCUGUCGUACUUAGUCCAACAUACUUUGUACGCAUGUAACCGUCAAUGGCGUGUCAUACAAUUUGGCUUCAUGCUCUCUCAGUCUGCAAAUUGUGUUUGAAUGCGACAGCUCUAUAGGGUCUCCAAAGCGUAAUGGGCCUCAGCGUGCCAGGUCUUGUUGCCAGCGUCCUCUUCUAUGCACUCAUCGUGGCCGUGGGCUUCUGGGGUGCCCGGAAGAGGCUAAGAGGGGGAGCCCGGACGAACCCAAGCGAGGACCUGAUGCUCGGUGGCCGUAGCGUGAGCCUUGCUGUCGGAGUGUUCACCAUCAUCGCCACCUGGGUCGACGGAGGUCUCCUCAGCGGCAUCGUGGAAGAGACCGCCGUGCGGGGUGUUCUCUGGUGCCAGACUCCUGUGGGCUACUCUGUCAGCCUCUUUGUUGUUGGAGCGCUCUUCUCGGGUCGUAUGUGGCGUGCCGGCCACGUGACCCUCUUGGACCCCCUGGAGCAGGCCAUCGGGAGCCGCAUGACGGCGGUGCUAUUCAUUCCGGCCCUGGCCGGAGAACUCUUCUGGUGCGGCGCCAUCUUGAACGCGUUAGGCGCCACGGUGAGCGUAAUCACGGGCCUUGGCUACGUGACCUGCGUGAGCGUAGCGGCAUCGGUGGUGGCGCUGUACACCUGCGUAGGAGGCCUCUACUCCAUCACGUACACCGACGUCCUCCAACUACUCAUCAUGUCCUUCGGACUGUGGGUCACCCUUCCAUUUGCCCUGAGCAACGAUCACGUGAAGCCCCUGGGCAGCCUGUCGCCUGACCAGUGGCUCGGAACCAUGGCUCCAUGGCAAGUCCCCAGCUACGUGGACAGCUUCCUCAUGAUUGUCUUCGGGGGCGUGCCUUGGCAGAACGUGUUGCAGAGGGUGCUGUCCGCGAAGACCGAGUUCCGGGCCAAAGCGAUCUGUUACGUCGGCGGCGUGGGCUCCCUCAUCCUGUGCGUGCCUGUGCUGCUUCUGGGACUCGUCGCCAGGACUGCCCGGUGGCAAGAUACGUCAUACAGCAGCGCUGGAGGCGGCAGUGUGUCCCCGCUGGACGAUGAGUCCCAGUCGUCCCUGCUACUGGCCCUUACGAUGCAGCACCUCACUCCGGCCUCGGUGUCCUUCCUGGGGCAGGGGGCCGUUGCCGCGGCCUCCAUGUCCUCGGCGGACGCCUGCAUGCUCAGCACCGGAGCACUCUUCACAAAGAACGUCUACGUACCGCUGAUACGACCCAAGGCGUCAGAAAGAGAAAAGGUGUGGGUGCUGCGUUCCUCCAUAGCAUUGACGGCCGCCAUGUCGUCCGUCGUGGCCAUCACUGUGGACUCGGCGUACGGUCUAUGCCUCCUUGUGGGAGACAUGGUGUACGUGAUGCUGUUCCCGCAAUUGCUGGCGGCUGUGUACUUUCCUUCUCUCUGCAAUGCUUACGGGUCCCUCGCAGCCUUCGUGGUCGGGCUCACCCUCAGGUCCAUCGGGGGCGAGCCCAUACUGGGGAUCCCGGCACUGUUCCGCUACCCGCUCUUCGACGAAGAGACCCAGCUGCAGCUCUUCCCGAUCAAAACGGUGGCCAUGCUCGCCAGUCUGGCCACACUGGUCAUCGUGUCCGCUGUCUCCAGGGUGGUGCUCUUGUCGCCAAGUUACGACCUGUUGCGCCGCCAGUUCACCGGAGAAGCCCAGGUCAAGGCGGUACCCGUGGAAGAGACUGCGGACACUGAGGGGGAUGACCAAGAACGUCCCGCUAAUUGCACGAGCCGUACACUAAACCCCCCAACGGAAGCCUUUAGUAGUGUGUAGGGGACCCAUUCGCGUAUUGGGAAAGCAACGUGAAGUCCAUGAAAAUAUUCCAUGUCA